UAAAGAAACAACAAAAACAAAAGAACGCAAAACCAACCCCAACCUCAAUUUACGGGGGUGGAUAGGAAUAUGAAUAGCUAUGGCGACGACUCCAAAAUCAUUUGCGAAUGUUCGUUCGUUGCCAACGGUUGGGAAUCUCUCUCUAGACAAUUCGUAAACCAGAAGGGACAAAUACAAAAAAACCAACAAGAGAAUAAAAAAAAAACAGCAACAAAUGUUGGGAUAGCAUCGCAAGCUUAGGCUAAAGCUAAUUUUCCAUCACCUUCCCCUUCGCAGCUGCCCGCCGCCUGCUCCCAGCUGCUGUUGGCUAUGCAUGGGCAUAGCUUUUGCGAAUUGUGAAAUUUCAAAAGAAUUCGUCAUCGAUCGGCGUGCAGGGAAGUCCCCAAGAGAUUAACUGAUCAUCAUCAACAUGUCACUGGGCAGCGUAGCCGGAGCCCUGCUAAAGGGAUCUCAGACGGCAUUGCAGCAACUGUUGGAGGACAUAAAUUUCCAGCGGACCAAAGAGAUGCGACAAUUGCUCAAGGAUGAUGGCGGCUUUGUGGUAUUACAGGGUACAACCUAUUGGACAGAUCUAUUUGUCCGGCAUUUCUUAUUCCAAACGGAGCCGCAGCACAGCAUCGAUUCGGAUGAUUUGCUCUUUUUUGUGCGCAAGAAGCAUGUGAAGAGCUCCUCGCGACAUAUGCCAAAAUAUGAGACUGAGGUGGAAGUAUUCCGCAAAGAUUCUCGCAAACUGCCCAUUGGAGAUCCCGAUGUCGAUUGGGAGGAGACUGUGUAUCUAAAUAUGGUUAUACAUCAAUUUGAUUACACUCUCACGCUGGCCAUUUGUACGAGAACUUCACCCAAAGAGCUGCAGGUGCUGCGGCGCCAUUCACAGCGGGUCUAUGCCAGUCCCUCGAGACGAAAAAUGGACACCAAGGGGGAGGGUGAAGAAAUUACGUAUCCGCACAUUUGUUUCAUGGUCGAUAACUUUGAUGAGGUAUUCAGUGACAUUCUGGUGCGGGAUGGCGAAAUGGUAUGCGUGGAAUUGGUGGCCAAUGACAAAGAUGGCUCCGUACAAGGUGUAAUCUUCUUGGGUUCCAUACGCUAUGAUGCUCUCAAGAAGGUCUACGAUGCCAGACAAUCUAGUCUCAGCUCAAAGGUGGCCCAGCGCAUGUCCUUUGGCCUGUUUAGCAGUGGCGCUGGUGUACAGACACGCUGUGAGUUUGUACGCAUGAAGGGACCCCAGGGCAAGGGUCAUGCCGAAAUGGCGGUGACUAAACCCAAGGGCUCUGGUGUCGAGACUCCAACCAGUGAGCCAGGCUUCUGUGCCACCGAUAUGUGGGACGAAUGGGAUGAAGAGAACGAUGAUUAUUGCACCUAUCGACAUCAACGACGUCUGAGCGAUCCCAGUGCCAAUUUAAAUAAUUUCUCACGUUAUGGCUGGCGCACCAAAAAUGUCAAUAAUCCCCAGGAUAUGGUUGGCAGUGGCACCAGCAGUUCCAGUGCUGCAGCCAAGGCGCGUUCUGAGAAUGAAGGACUCGACUCUUUGGCCAAUGAGGUGUCCGAGAUUGAGGCUGGUGAUUUACGUGAUGAUCAAAAACGUCCUGCUUUCUCGGCCUCUGAAGCUAAACUCCACACAAAUCCCAAGUGUGAAACGCUCAAACUUGACCUAGUCCAACAUCAAGAAAAGCCAGCAACAACAACAACAACAGCAGCAGCAACAGAUGCUCAAAUCAUUCCCACAUCGCCAGCAGCGGCAGCGGCACCAGCAAGUACCCCGCCACCAUUAAGUGCUGCAGUCGAGGUGACAGUGACCAAUGGAAGCGUCUCAAACUCAAACUCCACCUCCAAUUCCACUGGCUGCAAUUGUUUUGGAGGCAAAAAGUGUAAAAAACGCUGGGCCACGGCCACUGGUAAUCUACAGACACCCGAAAUGUCGGAGGUCUAUUGCCCCAGCUGUGAAGAUCCGUCCAAUGAGACACCAGCAUGUCUCAGUAAAAUGCCCGACAAGACGCGUCCCUCUCGAUUGAAGCCCAAGGCUAAUAUAUUGAGUGUGGAAAGCGAAUUGGUGGUGGGCAGCAAGAGGGGAAGUCUACGUUUGCCGGUGGAUAGCAAACGUAAACAGCAAUCAGGCGGAGGAGGAGCAAGCAUUACCCGCAGCGCCUCUUUGAGUGCGGCAGAUCGUCGCACCAGUUUGCCUGUAACUAAUAAAAGAAUAUUGACGGCAAGUAAAAUACGUGCCCCCAAGACGGGCAAAGCUCAGGAAAAGGAUAAGGAGAAUGAUAAAAAGUCUUCCAAUCAGAAGACUAGCAAUAUUCUUUCCAAGAUAUCACCCAAAAGGCUAAGAGGAGGCAAAGAUAAAGAUAAAGACAAGGACAAAGACAAGAGCAAAACAUUGCCAAUGAAAUCCAAAAAGAUUUUGGAACUAGAAGUGAAUACUCCUUGUGCUUCCAUUUCCACACCAAUUCCAGCAAAGACGCAGGAGUACGAAAUAGCCGAUGAUGCCACAUCCUUGAAUGGCAGCGAAACGGAGGGCAAUGCCAAAAUGGCCAUAUUAAGUGAGAGUGAUAGCAAGCUAAUGAUCAGUGUACGUGGACGGGAAGAGUUGCCCGUGGUGGAGUCAAAGUCACCAUUUGAGAAAUGCAUUCGUGUACCUAUACAAGCAGAUGAAGAUCAUCCACUGCAACCGGAAGCAAUAACACCGCCAUCCUGCCAUAAUAAUGAUAAUGAUGAUGAUGAAUCUACAGCCGCUGAUGUAAUCAAUGGCAAUCAGGAUCAGGAACAGGAUCAGAAUAAUGGUGGCCAUAGUGCCACCUUGCCGCGCACAUCGAAGCAAUCGUUCUACAAUAGAGCCAUGCAUCUAGUACCGAAACGUCGCACACCCGAUGGCACCACCAUCUACUAUUGGUGCGAUUUGCCCAAGAAAGCGCUAAAAGAACUCGACGAUGGAGCAUAUAAUCCGCUGUGGACUAGUCGCGGCUUUACACAAUCAUUUCAUUUCUGGAAAGAGAAUCGCCGACAGCAAUCAACGCCGCUGAAUGCAUUUCUCACCUAUGUGACCUUGCCCUGGUGGAGCAUUGCCAAGGACUUGCUGGAUCAUCGAGAGGCGCCCAUAUUAACCUUUUAGUAUUGAUUUUGUGAUUUAAGUUUCUCAACAACAAAUUGUUUAUCAGUUGUUUUUUUUGUUGUUCUACUAUGCUAUGUUUUGUGAUCAUUUAUCUCAUUUAUCCUUUAUAGCUUUAUAGCGUUUUGGUCUCCAUAAACUACAAAAUGAGGGAGAUCUCUUAUAUAUAUAUAUUUAGACAUAUAUAUACAUAUGUAAUUGUAAUAUUAUUUGUAAAUUGUAUGGUAACAUUUAUACACUAUUAGAAAUAUAUAUAUAUACAUGUGUAUAAUACAUAGGAAAGAUCCA